GCCAGCGGGGCCGCCUCGCCACCGCCGCGCCGCGCGCCACGCUCCACCGCUGACUCAGGCCUCCCCUGUCCGGCUAUGCACUCUGCCGCUGUCUGAUCGUCGUGUCAGAUGGUCGCCGUGCCCCGCUUCAGGAGACGCGUCAGGCACAAGCUCCGCAUCUCCAGCGAAGCCAUGCUCUGCUGCGGACGGAAAAAGGAUGGCAAUGAUCAGCCUGUGGACAUGGGACGAUCUCCUCGGCACAACCACCAGCAGGAGCAGCAGCAGCAGCAACAACAACAGCAGCAGCAGCAGCAGCAGCAGCAGGGCGGGCCACAGCCCGGCCCCAGCGGAAUGCCGCAGAUGGUCGUCCAAAAGGAUUUCAGGAAGGUCAGCGGGAUCUCGACCGAGAUCUUCCGCCAGAUCGAGACCAUCGAGAACGACAUGGACGCGUCGACGGCGGCGGCACUGCAGGCCGUCGAGAAGCGCGGCGAGAUGCUCGUGCGCAUCCUCGACCCCAACCGGCUCUCCAAGAAGGCCUUCGAGAGCGCCAAGCGCUUCCUCUCCCUGCAGGACGGACGGCACACGAUCCAGUUUGUGGAGAUUGUGAAGCGUCCCGGCCAGACGCUGGGCCUCUACAUCCGCGAGGGGAACGGCGCCGACCGCUCCGACGGCGUGUUUGUCUCCCGGAUUGCGCUCGAGUCGGCCGUGUACAACUCGGGCUGCCUGCGGGUGGGUGACGAGGUGCUCGCCGUCAACCUGGUGGAUGUGACGCGCAUGGGCCUCGACGACGUGGUCAUCAUCAUGUCGAUUCCGCGCCGGCUGGUGCUCACCACGAGGCAGCGCCGGUUCCACCAGGGCGCCGAGAGCCCGCCGAUGGCCCGGAUCGAGCCCAAGCCGCCGCCCGUGGUCGUCAUCAAGAAGGAGCUCGAGGAGGAGGAGCCGGAGCGCGCGCCGCCGCCGCCGUCGACGGCGCCGCCGCCGCUGCCGCCGCGCCGGCAGCGCAGCGCCGACGACUCGCCGUACGGCUACACGCGCUCGAUGGUGCACCGGGACCCGUCGGCGGCGGCUGCCUACCCGGACCCGUACAGCCGCGCGCGGCGCUCCCAGUUCGCCGGCGCCGCCAGCCGCAGCCUGCCGCCCAGCGACUCGUGGCACAGCGACGCCAGCUCCGUGACCUCGUACCAGCCGCCGCCACCGGUGGUCACCGACCAGCCGCGCGGCUCGGCGCCCCUCUUCGCGCCCUACGAGCGCGGCGGCCCGCACCCGAAGACGCUCGAGUCGCUGGCGGAGCGCGUGCACGGCGGCCCGCUCGACUCUCUGGCCGGUAACGUGGAGUCUCUGUACGCGGCGGCGGCGCGUCGCGGCGGCUACGGCAGCCUGCCGCGCGGCGGCGGCCACUACCGGGGCCGGGGCCGAGGCGCCGAGAGAGGCCGAGGGGUGACGCGCACCUACAGCGACCAGCGGCUGCCCAUGACCGACACCGAGCCGGCCGAGCUCUCCGUGCCGCCGGCCAUGCGGCCCAACUUCAAGACCUCCUCGCUGCAGUACCCGCUGCGCUACACGGACACCAUGAAGCGGCUGAGCGCCAUGCGCCGCCGGACGGCCUCGCUCGACUACGCCUCGGACUCUGAGGCGGUGGCGCCGGGCCGGCCGCCGCUGGCGCACCGCACGCGGCCGCAGCAGCUGGCCGCUGCCGGCGGGCCGCGCAGCAACUCUCUGCCCCGGGACGGGCGCGCCGUGCUCCGCGGACGGCCGCGCUACGUCUCCGGCUACGGCUCGGCGGGCACGGCCGACAGCCAGGACGAGAGCGACGGGGCCGUCAGCGCGCCCGAGCUGCUCACCAGGAGAGCCGGACCGCCCAGUAUGCGUCAGGCGGGAGCCGCGUACGGCGGAGGUCCGGCCGACGCCAGCCAGUGGCUCUCGCGAGCGCCCUCCACCAGUGCCAUCUACGAGAGGAUCCGGUCGCAGCGGGACGCGGCCGGCCUGCCGCCCAGCCACCGCGGGGUUCGGUUCACCUUCAGCGCCGAGAACCUGCACGGGGGAGUGGAGGAGUCGCCGUACUACUCGUACCGCCCCCAGCUGAGCACGCUGCGGGCCCAGGCGCCCGGUAUGGUGCAGCCCCGCCGGCCGCCGGUGGCCGCCGGAGCGCCGGCGGACGCCGCCGGACCGCCGCUGUCACAGAGGCUGCGGUCACUGCUGGAGGAGCGCAGCAUCACGCCGACCCCGCAGCCGGGCCAGGCGUCCCGGUUCUCCGUGCUCAACAUCAACCCGGCAGAGUUCCUGCGGUACAAGUCGGAGCGCCCGUCCAUGUCGAGCAGUGCCGAGGAGGGGCCCUCGGGGAUGCUCUGGGUGCACCUGCUCUCCGGGCGCGGUCUGAAGCCGGCCGGACGCAUGCAGCACCUGCGCGACCUCUACUGCGUGCUCGAGUGUGACCACGUGCACAAGGCGCGCACGGUGAUCCGCACCGGCGACCUGGUGUUUGACUGGGACGAGACGUUCGAGCUGGACCUCAUCAACACGCGCGAGCUGGACUUCCUCAUCUACUCGUGGGACCCGCAGUUCCGGCACAAGCUCUGCUACAAGGGCUCCGUGUGCGUGGCCACGCUGCUGCGAGAGAGCAGCGUCUACCAGCUGGCGCUCAAGGUGGAACCGCACGGCACACUGUACGUCAAGCUGCGCUACACGGAGCCCAAGCGGUGCUUCGAGCGGGCGCCCAACCCGCGCCGCUCGGCGCUGUUCGGCGUCGACCUGGAGACGGUGGUGGCGCGGGAGAACUCGGGUCUCAGCGUGCCGCUGAUCGUCAAACGCUGUGUGGACGAGGUGGAGCGGCGCGGCCUGGACAUCAUCGGCCUGUACCGACUCUGCGGCUCGGCCACCAAAAAACUGCUGCUCCGAGAGGCGUUCGAGAAGAGCCCGCGCUCCGUGGACCUGUCACCCGACAACGUGCCGGACAUCAACGUCAUCACCGGUGUUCUGAAGGACUACCUCCGCGAGCUACCCGAGCCGCUGUUCACCAAAUGUCUGUAUCAGAUGCUUUGUGACGCCCUCUCCGUCUGUCUGCCCGACGACCCUGAGGGCAACGCCAAACUCAUGUUCUCCAUACUCGACUGUCUGCCAAAAAUCAACAGGUGCACGCUGCUUUUUCUGAUGGACCACCUGCGGCUGGUGGCCUCUCAGUCCGAGUGUAACAAGAUGACGCCACAGAACGUCGCCAUCUGCUUCGGCCCGGUGCUGAUGCUACACUCGGAGAUCGGCCGCACCGACAUUGACUUCCACAAGCCCAUCUCGGUGCUCAAGUACCUGCUCACCAUCUGGCCCUCAAAGUCAGUUCGGGAAGCAGCGGCAGCGACAGCCGGACCAGCUCGUCGCUCUCGUCUCUCACCACGCCCCCCUUCGUCGGCGCGGCGGGACGCGGCGCAGCAGCCGGCGCACCGCUCCGACCCAGCUACUACCGCCACAGACAGUGGCUCAGAGAGUCGCGAUUCCUCCCCGAAUCAACCUGCUGACACCGAGGAGCCCGACCUAGGCUCCAGCGCGGGACCACGGCCCGGACCUGGCUCGGGAGCGGGGCCGGCCGGCGCGCCCAGCCAGCCCUUCCCCGGCCCGCCCGCCGCCCCCAGCUACAUGCGGCCAAAGUCGGACGUGGAGGUCGGCGGUGGUCGGGACGGCCGAGCCACGCCGGCGGAGGGUGGCUACACCCGCGAGGGACGGGCCACGCCGGCGGAGGGUGGUUACACCCGCGAGGGACGGGCCACGCCGGCGGAGGGUGGUUACACCCGCGAGGGACGGGCCACGCCGGCGGAGGGUGGUUACACCCGCGAGGGACGGGCCACGCCGGCGGAGGGUGGUUACACCCGCGAGGGACGGGCCACGCCGGCGGAGGGUGGUUACACCCGCGAGGGACGGGCCACGCCGGCGGAGAGUGGUUACACCCGCGAGGGACGGGCCACGCCGGCGGAGGGUGGUUACACCCGGGCCUACGGGCGCGGUCAGGAGGCCCGGCCCCGGCCACCGUCCGGCUCCGAGCCGACCAUCGGCGGCCGCGAGACGCACGAGGAGCUCAUGAAGGGCGUCAUCUCAGAGCUCCAGAGCAAGCGGCUCUCGGCGCGCAGCCUGGACGGCGACGGCGCGCCGGCCGACCGCGACCAGCGCCGCGAGCAGGAGGAGGAGCAAGAGGAGGAGGAGGAGGAGGAGGAGGAGCGGUUAGAUCUCACGUGA